AUGCUUCCCCCGCUCCCCAGGUCCUCGCGGAAUGACAUCUGUGAAGCCACCGAGGGAGUAAGAUCGUUCACUGGCCAUGUUCACUUACCUCCGAACAACAACGACUUUGGUGUCUACCAAAACUAUUCUAUCAACACCUUCUUUUGGUUCUUCGAGGCUCGAGAAGAUCCCAAGAAUGCUCCUCUCUCCAUCUGGCUAAACGGUGGUCCAGGAUCUUCUUCCAUGAUUGGUCUUUUCCAGGAGAAUGGGCCUUGCAUGGUUAACGAUGAUUCUAACUCCACAUACAACAACCCAUACUCGUGGAACAACAAGGUGAACAUGCUUUACAUCGAUCAGCCAAACCAAGUCGGCUUCAGCUACGAUGUGGCCACCAACGUCACCGUCAAUGCUGUUACUGGUGAUGUGACCGUUGCCGAUUUUUCGAACGGCAUCCCUCAGCAAAACAAUACGCUCUUGGUCGGAACCUAUGGUAGCCAGGAUCGAUCUGCCACAGCAAACAAUACCCAGAACGCUGCUCGUUCUCUAUGGCACUUUGCCCAAGUUUGGUUCCAAGAAUUCCCCGAAUACAAGCCCAACAAUGACAAGAUUAGCAUCUGGACCGAGUCCUACGGAGGAAGAUAUGGCCCUGCCUUCUCCUCUUUCUUCCAGGAGCAGAAUGAAAGGAUCAGGAACCACACCAUCACACAGGAAGGUGAGAUGCAUAUUCUCAACCUUGAUACCGUUGGCAUCAUCAACGGCUGUGUUGAUCUCAUGGAGCAAGCAACGAGCUAUCCUGAAUUUGCAUACAACAACACGUAUGGAAUUAAGGCUUACAACCAGAGCCAAUACGAUGGGAUGCUGAACGAGUUCUAUCGAGCCGGUGGCUGCCGCGACCAGUUGAUCAAAUGUCGCGAAGUUGCUGCAGAAUAUGACCCUCACUUUUACAGCCACAAUGAAACUGUCAACAAAAUAUGUAACGACGCUGGUGACUUCUGCGGCUCAAAGCUUGAAGAUACCUAUGACAUUACCAAGCUAGGAUAUUACGACAUUGCCCACCCUGUCCGUGAUCCUUUCCCACCCCAGUUCUACAAGGGUUACCUGAGCCAAGCCCACGUUCUCUCUGACAUGGGAAUGCCAGUCAACUUUUCUCAAGCCUCUGACGCCGUCUGGAAAGCGUUCCACACCAUCGGUGACUAUGGCCGUAGUGACGCCCGUGGCUACAUCGACGAUCUUGCUUACCUCCUCGAAACCGGAGUUAAGGUUGCCCUCGUCUAUGGUGACAGAGACUACAUCUGUAACUGGCUCGGUGGUGAGAAGGUCAGUCUUGCUCUCAACUACACCGGUACGGAAAACUUCCACAAAGCAGGAUAUGCCGACGUCCAAGUCAACGGUUCCUACGUUGGUGGUCAGGUCCGUCAAUACGGAAACUUCUCCUUCACCAGGGUUUUUGAAGCUGGCCACGAGGUCCCUGCGUACCAGCCUGAAACAUCUUUGGAGAUCUUCCACCGUAUUAUGUUCAACAAGGACAUUGCAACUGGUAAAAUCGAUACUAUUAAGAAGGGCGACUACUCCACCAGCGGAAGCCCAACUACCUUCCAGGUGAAGAACCAGAUUCCUCCAGAGCCCGAGCCAACUUGUUAUGUCCUCUCCAUGGGCCGAAGUUGCACCAAGGACCAAAUCGAGGCUGUCAAGAAUGGAACUGCAGUGGUUGAGAACUACAUUGUGAAGAGCCCUACCGCUCCCAAGCAAGGCCCUCCACCAACCUCUCAGCCCUCUCCUCGCCCUCCCACAGGUGCUGGAUCCGUCAAUGGAGUUUCAGUCUCAAUGUUGGGACUGACUGCCAUCCUCGCUAUCACUACCUUCCUGUUGUAA